UCCCCUUUACAGAACUUUUCCUACUUCCGGACAGUUGUCCCGGCAGAGCAUGCGGGGGCUGUGUCUGAGCUGAGCUCACCUGUUAUUUCAAGAAAUUUUAAUAGCAGGUUUUAAGCUACUUAUUUACUUUUUUUUGGUCUGUGCAGGAAGUCUGAGCUUAAAAAAAAAGACAGAAGUAUAAUUACCCUGGCACGCCUGCAUUCCUGCUCCAGGCUCAGGAGGGAGGGGAGUCUUUCUCAUCGGUGCAGGCACGUUCAAGCCAGGAAGAGAACCGGAUCCCUGGAGAUCAUUGCCACCAACGUGUGUAACUGAAACCCACAGCCAUGCUGAAACAGAUAUUAUCGGAGAUGUACAUUGAUCCUGACCUGCUAGCAGAACUCAGCGAGGAGCAGAAGCAGAUCCUCUUCUACAAGAUGAGGCAGGAGCAGAUCAGACGGUGGAAAGAAAGAGAAGCUGCUGCAGACAAGGUUUCAGCAAAGAAGCCACUGCCAAAAAAAGCCACUUCUUUUCCAGCCAGCACGAAGUCUGUACAAUGGAAGCUAGGUGCUGACAACGAUGUCUGGGUGUGGGUGAUGGGUGAGCAUCCUUCAGAUAAAUCCUAUGCAGCCAUCUGCGAAGAGAUCCAGGCACAAAGGGCCAAGCGGUUAGCAAAUGAGCAAGGCAAGGAGGCCAGAGAGACAGACUGUGCUGUAACACAGUCUCCGCAACCACAGCCACAAGUCCUGGGUGAAACAGAAGUUCAGGGAAAAAAUAAAAACUCUGUAGAGGAACAGAAAGAAGAGGCGAGAAAAAACACUGCUGGUACAAUUGGGAAAAGCCAGGAGCUCAAAAAGAGGGAAGCCCGGGAUGUUCACCAGAUGCUGGCAGACUGCCAGAUGAGGAAGGGUGGCUUCUCACAGAUGAAGGGAGGACACAGGAGAAAUUCGGGAGAAGAGACUACAGUCCUGCUGAAGGCAAUAUCCCAAAGCCACAAAUGCUCAGAGAGCCAGAAGGUGGUGCAGAAACCUGAUGAGAAUGAGCCUGAGUGGCAAGAAUCCUUGCGGAAAUCCAAGGCAGCAGAUGAGAAGAGACGCUCUCUUGCGCGGCAGGCCAGAGAUGACUACAGGAGGCUUUCACUGCAGGGAGCCCACAGAGGGAAGCAGGCAGACAUAUCCAGAAAUGCCACAGCAGGAGAUCGGCGACCGCUCCAAUACCCUCCUCUCCCACCAAAGCCUAAACUUCCACCUCCUGUGAUGGCGAAUGGCAGAGCAGUUAGGAAAGAGGCAAUCCAGAGAACAAUCUCCAAUUCAGCUGAACAAAGCAUCAUCAAGUGGUUCAAAGAGGAGCAAUUCCCCCUUCGAGCUGGGUAUCAGAAAACCACAGACACGAUAGCACCUUGGUUUCAUGGUAUCCUAACCUCUAAGAAAGCAGAGGAGCUUCUGAGUAAAACAAUGCCGGGGAGUUUUUUGAUCCGUGUCAGUGAGAAAAUCAAAGGCUACGUGCUUUCCUAUCGGUCUGCAGAGGGAUGUAAACACUUCCUUAUUGAUGCCUCCAGUGAUUCCUACAGCUUCCUUGGAGUAGACCAGCUACAACAUUCAACACUGGCUGACCUUGUUGACUACCACAAGGAUGAACCCAUCACUUCUCUGGGAAAGGAGCUGUUGCUUUACCCAUGUGGUCAAGAGGACCAUGAACCAGAUUACAUCUCUCUCUUUGAGUGAAACUCCCAGUCUCAUUAUGUAGCCCCGUACCGUUUUCACCAAGACCGCACUUCAAACUGGAAGCGGCUGAUGCUUACCUGAAACUUGCCAUAAGUGCCUCUAUUUCAAAUCCUUCUCAACAAAGCAGUGGGAAAAUAAGUGCUGUCACACAGGCUUAUUGUUUCAACAGAGUUAAAAGAUGCAUCAGUCCAGCAAGCUACAGAACAUCCAGAUACAUCAUGCAUGUGGAUUAGACGAUGAAGCAUCAGUCGAACAGAGAUUUUUGCAGAUUUCCUCAGGGAUAUCUGUGUUCAAGCUGCAUUUUGCUCUUGAAUGCAAGGUUGCCUGCUGUCUGGGAAACAGAUUGGUACCUAAAAUCGAAUGAGAUCAUAGCUUCCUGAAGGCACCAAACAACUUGGAAAGUGAAUCAGCCUUGAUAGUAAUUUGUUUAAUGUGAAACAGUGCUGUAAAAUGCUGUGCCCUUGGAAUCAAGGAUGUUCAAGUAAAACAUCCAAGCAUACCCUUGGUGCCUUUCAGUGAAAUGUGUUCUCUGAAGAGGGAUUUUUAUAAAAAAUACAUUUUAAAAAUUCCUUGAGCAUCUGAAUGUAGGCUAUGAAUAUAGUUUUCUAACCUGUAUCUAAAUCCCACACUGGCCUUUCUGCCUAGAGUAGGAUUAACCUUUUGCAAGGAAGUGGAGAAGGGAUGCAAGAAUUUGUUAGUAAGAACUGCAUUCACAGAGCCUAAAUAAUGUAAGAAACAGGGCCUGUAUCAGUAUUAGUACAGUUUACGGAAGUGUUUGCCAGUAAAUAAUGCUGUUUUUCAGAAUAGAGCUAUUUAUUACUAGUUGUGUCCAGAUUACUGGGACGCAGAUGGUGUGAACAGAACCAUUUUUUUUCUUUUUUUUUCCCCCCAAAAAUGUUCUCUCUUUGUAUCUGUUACACUGCUCUUAAAACUCAAUUAAGAAUAUUGAGGAAGAAGCUGAACAGAAUCGCAUAAAUUAAUCCUCACCCAGAUUGCUUCAAUUUGAAUUGUUUCACAUGAGAAAAUGCACAACUUGGGAUUAUUGCGCAAGACUGCUAACACCAUCAUUUAUUAGAGAUGUGACUGUCAAAGAGUAAGUACUCACUUGUUCACUUGUUCCCUUCCUUCAACUGGAUCAGGGAUACCCUGCUUAACAGAAGCAGUCAAAAGCUUGAGUCUUAUAUGGACCAGCAUUUUGCAGAACAUAGAUAAGAAGAAAUUCUUAUCAUCACCUGGUCUUAAAAUUUACAGUCAUGCUGAUAGGUGGUUUCCACAGAGAGCAUAAUCAGCAUUCCAGCUGCAGCAUGUUUAACUAGAGAUAAAAGCCUUAAUGUAAAUUGAGAUUCUGAAAGUAGCAACUGUAAUGGGACAACAGAUUUAAGGAACUUCUUGAGCAUUAUAUCACAUAUAUGAACUAGUUAUUUUCAAAAUAAUCAACAUCGAUCAUGAGAAAGGACACUAAGCAGUCUGUAGGGGGAAAAAAGCUAUCCUUCCCUCUUCUGAACUACUUCUUCUGAGAAAUUCUAAGUCACAGAAUCACAGCACUAGAGAAUACCUUCUCACGUUCUCAGGUGUACAGCAUAGCAGUUGUCCUGCUGGAGACUAAUCAUACAGAAUUUUGUGUAAGUAUGGGCUAGUAAAAACCAGACAAAGUCUCUGUUAAAAAGGUGGAGUCUGAGAGCUCUCAGGGAGAGAAAACUUGGGAAACAGUCUGUUAACUUGCAGACUUAAUGUGCAGGUUGAUUUGGCACUGACACAGCAGGACCCCACAAACAUGAGCAACUGUGUCUCUGAGAUCCAUAAUGGGCCUCUUCACUGUUUGGACUGCUGACUAGUGGAUACCUUUGUAUUAUAACUUCCUAUUUGCAAGUUACCCUUAGAAUGAGUGAAGCAAGGAAGAAUCAGAGAUGCCGGUUUUAUUCACAGUCUGUAGAAAAAGUCCACAAUUUCUUCUUCAAUGGAUGCUGUGCAAGUAUUACAAGGGUAAUAACAUUAGUAAACUACUUGCUGAAACAA